AAAGUCCAAGCAAAAAAGAAAAAGAGAAGAGAAAGUGAGCCUUGCCAGUCGUGAACACACUGCCCAAGCUAGAGUCGGUGGACGAAAGGAUAGGACAGCUGGACGGGGAGAAUUGUAAAUUUGAAUUGCCGCUGACUUGGCCGAACGGAAAUAAUCUAUCUCCAAGUUUUUUUCUGAAGAACCCCUCGGUCAAGUCUUGAAUCUUCUCUGUUCAGACUGAAUUAAUUCAACUGAAAGGACGAACUUUUGAGUAUCGAAGCUGCUUGGCAAUAUCCAGAGUUUUGAGAUAGCAGUAAUAUCAGUCUAUUUUGGAUAGCAAGAACGAAACAUAUUGUUCUGUAUGCCCCAUCUGUUAUCAGCUCUCGCCUGGACACGACCCAGAGGACAGGUAGUUCCAGCCAAGCCACACUUUCCUUUCUUACCCAAUCUACUAGAUGAAUAGCAGCAGCACGGCAAUAAUUUAUGGCCUCUGGCAAAUCAAGACUACAAAAGCCUAUAGGAGCUGCCAAGAAGCAAGCAGCUCUUAGUUUCUUGACCGGUAUCAAGCUAGACGGAGCACCAACUUCAGCAGCCCCACUCUCCAACAAAGCACACCUUUCUAAGCCAACAGGCCAUGAGGUGACACGCAGCAAGCCUAUUGAAAUCGUCCAGGCGUCCACGUCACGGCCACCGCUGUCCGCUGACAAUCAUCAUGCGCAGCAGAGACUCUCGUAUAGCAAACGUUCAGCGUCAUUGUCGGAGUCUCCACUCAAGAGGCCAGGCACCGCAUCUCCGGAAAAGCAGGGAGGCAAUCGAUCGCAGGUCAGUUCGGCAUUAGCUUUUUCUCGGCAAGGUGAUGGCUCAAAGGCAAGUCAACUUCCACCCGGCAUUCAGCUCUUCAACGAGCGCAAUGCAACCGAGGCGAAUCUUUUGGACGCGAGGGUUAUUCUUCAUGGAAGGGACAUGCUGCCCUUCUGUAUGUACUCCAUCAAGCCAUAUGACCCGGAUCGGAACAGAUCAUUGGAGUCCAGUGCAGAGAAGUAUACAACACGUGUAAUCAAUCGACUCACUGGUGACCUGGCGUCUAUAGAUGUGCCUGUGUUUGAGAACUUCCAGGGAGUGGUUGUGUCUUACCAGCGAUUGCUGGAUUCUCUCGUCCUCAAGCCGGCAGCAUGUGACGAUUUCGUCAUGCCGGUGCACUGUCGGAAAUUCUACUCGUCUAAUCCGGACAAUGAAGAUGCAAUGACAAUAGCCGUGCUGAGAGAAGAAGCUAUCAACAUCAUUGUCGAUUAUCAGCCGCACUCGCUGGAUGAUCCGGACUUGCGCCACGGCAAACACUGCACUUUCAUGCCACUGCAGUCGUAUGCAGUGUCCUUGUUGGAAUAUGCCCGAGACUCGGCAAUCAAGAAAGCCGUGAACGAAAGGUUCCAGGAGAAGUUUCCGCUGAUCCAGAUAACGUUGACCAAGUUGCGAAGCUUGAAGAAUAAUAUGCUGGACUGUUCGCGGGAUGACAGACUCAACCUGGAUGUCGGUGCUGUCGCUCUGGCUUACGUUUACUUUGAGAAGUUGAUUUUACUGGGUAAAAUCAACAAGACGAAUCGAAAAUACUUGGCUGCUGUUUGUAUGCUGCUGGCGGCAAAAUUCAGCGAUGCCACACGUGAAGUGAAGUCUAUUAUCGAUGUGCUUGUGGAGCGUUUCAAGCUCAGUCGUAAGACUCUGCUGGCGGCCGAGGUGCCCGUGCUUGUGUCUCUGCAGUUCACGUUGCUGGUACCAGCGUCACAUGUACUCCCGCACUACCAACGCCUCACCAAUCAGCCGUCAAUACUAUAAUCAACCCUUCAUCGAUUUAAAUUUCUCUUCGCUUUUAUUCUUCUCUCGCCCUUUGCCAGGCUGCUUGACUAUAGAAUAGAAAACGAAUUGCUUCAUCUUUUUAUAGGAAUGGUCCAAAAGCAACCCUAUUCUGAAGUAUAGGCCUGGUCCAUUGCCGAGGCUUAAGAAUUUUUAUUAAAGGAAACAUAUGCUCUUGUACCCUCUGUGCAGCACUAGUUUUUACCCCGUUUUGCCCAGUUCUAUCGGUUCAUGAUGCCCAGGUCAUGAGUACAUGGCUGACAAGAGGGCAUUAGAAGUGUGAGGACGGCCUCGUCUGCCAUCUUUGUUGUCAUCUUUUCUCUCAACGUGUUCGUGUCUGUUAUUGCACUCUAGUAAUCUCCUGUCUACAACAGGUCGAAUUCCUCCGUGGCUGUUUCUGUGCUGCUGCAUACUGAUCUAGAUUACUCAGAUGCUUAUUCCAACAUAGGUGUGUUCUGUUCAUGUUUGUAUCCGACUCUCGAUACUGCGUAGUGACUCAUUGGCCAAGUUUUUGAGCCAUCGAAAA